AAAUUCUAAUCUACCCCCUGACCUUGGCUUUCUUGCUAGCUAGAAAGGCGCAAGCUUGUCGUUGAGUAGCGCAAUAGUUGGAUUAUUCGAGAUCCAGAUAGCUCCAUCCAUGAGGCUGUGGAUUCAUUGUGACAAUCAUACAGGCGAAACGGGAUUAAGCUGCCUAAAUGCGAUAAUGUCGCUCGAGUAUUAAUGAAACGACCUAGCGGCUUUAUUUUUACAUGUACCCUGUCCUUGAUUCCGCCAGGUUGGAAAAAAGAGCUAAGCGUCGCCGAUUUCUCUGUUGUUUUCGCUGCCCAUCCCUUUCGUCCUAUUCUUUUUGAAUACAUGAUCGUGGUGUUCAUAGCAGGAUACAUGUGAAGGAUUAUUUCACUCUCGCAUUAGAGAUAAUCAGUACACUAAUUAGUGUGUAUAGGUCAUGGUGUAUAAAUUGCAUACCGGAGUAUUAGGAUACUAUGCACUUUAGUUGAAAAAGUGUAUUUUUCUGGUAUUUAGUGGAGAUAUCAGUAGCAGAUGAUUUGAUUGAAGUAUUUGAUAACGUGCAGUACUAAAGUCCAGAAAGGCAGACUGACCCAUAAAACCAAGACUGCACAUAGAGUUUAUUAAAGUGUUGAAACACUCCGGGCUUAAAUUUGUGAUUAUGGUCAACCAGGCCACUCAAAGACGAAUGAAACCAUUAAACUGGAGUGUUUUGCCUCCUGCAGCUGUCAAGAUUUGAUUUCUCAGUGCUGUCAUGUGGUUCCAGGAAAACAGGGACCCGUGGUUUUCAUUAGAAACAGUUUUCCGAGAAGUCGUAUUAAGAAGAUGUCCGCAAGUACAAACAUGUGAUCUGCACAGUAACCAUCGGAAAAUGAAUCUUUAUGAUUAACAUAAGCAUCAGCGCUUAUCAAGCAGGCUAAAUCCCCCUCUAUUUUUACGUUUUUUUUCAACGUUCUGUUUCUUUUUCACGUCUAGAUGCUCUGCAGGUUCAGUAGAGCACUUUUAGCUUUAGAUGGUCAUGCAUUUGCUAGUUUAAAGGACUUUGAUAACACUGGUAAUUAAACCAACUUCUGUUAAUCAUUCUGCAGCCUGCUGACAGUUUCUUUCUAAAAUCGUCUGCACUCCUCACAUUGUAUGUGUGGCAACAACAUGUCUGCACCCCUGCUCUCUGAAGCCGCCACAGUUCCCGGGACGGAGAAGGAAACGGCUGUGGUGAUCUUCCUUCAUGGCUUGGGUGACACAGGACACGGCUGGGCUGAAGGCUUGACGUCUAUUCGACUGCCAUACAUCAAAUACAUCUGCCCACACGCACCCCGAAUCCCUGUAACACUCAACAUGAAGAUGACUAUGCCCUCAUGGUUUGAUCUGAUGGGCUUAAGCCCAGAGUCACCGGAGGAUGAAGCAGGGAUUAAGAGAGCAUCAGAGAACAUAAAGGCCAUCAUCGAUCACGAAGUAAAGAAUGGUAUACCAUCCAGUCGUAUCAUUCUUGGUGGUUUCUCUCAGGGUGGAGCUCUCUCUCUCUACACUGCUCUGACUUCUCAGCAGAAGUUAGCGGGUGUUGUUGGACUUAGUUGUUGGCUUCCACUUCACAAGACUUUCCCACAGGCUGCAAGUGGGAGUGCAAACAAGGACACUCCCAUUCUGCAGUGUCAUGGCGAGAUAGAUCCCAUGAUCCCAGUGCAAUACGGGGCUAUGACAGCAGAGAAGCUCAAGACCAUAAUUUAUCCACAGAAUGUCACCUUCCGCACCUUCCCGGGUAUCAUGCAUAACUCCUGUCCACAGGAGAUGGCUGCUGUGAAGGAGUUCAUUGAAAAGCAGUUGCCCCGAGUCUGACCUCAUUCUAGCUCACUGUGACCCUUAGACACUGACCUCUCACCUCCGACCUGCCAUUCUCCCACAGGAAACAGCCAUGGUCCCCCACUACAUGGAACGACAUACAUGCACAUUCAGUCAUACUGUGAUCAUGCAACACAUGCAUACCAUGUCAUCUCACACGUUUCUUUGUAAUUUCAUACAUUAGUGGACAUUCAUUAAAGGGGUGAUUAUUAUAAGUGGCAUUCGUACAUAGAAUGCCAUAAAGUCCUUGGGCCUUUUCUUUAAGGGAGACUCAUUAACUUUUAUUAUACAUUCCUGUACGUGUUACAUCUAAACCAUUAUCCAGUAUCUCUCUCCCCUACUCUUGUCUCUUUAUUUCAAUACGCAAGGCAGUAAAGAUAGCAUUUUGCUACACAGCUCUGUAACAGAUCUUGAGAGGUGGAGGAAGCUAGUGAGAGCCUGGUGCCGUCUGGAGUGAUUCGGGUCGUGCUGCUCUGCAUGCUGUCCCACGGUGCAUGCCUGCGGUGGGGCUUUAUUGGGAUGCUGCAAAUCAUACUUGUGCUGAAAUAUCUUUUGUUUUUCUUUUGGUUUAUAACUAGAAGUAUGAGAAAGGCAAUUGAAAAUGGCUUAAAUAAACUACGCAAAUGAAUCAUGCAAAUCUUA